AUGGUAAGGCCAAAGAUCAAGAAAAAUGUCGACAGUUCACGUCAACGUGUCAAAGCGAGCGAUUUCGACGACAUAUCAAAAGAGAUUCUUACCACUGCGACCUCCAUUUUCCGCUGCCUAGUUGUUACUCGGGCACCGUUCCCUGACACUAUAGCUGUCGAGACAAAACUGGCAAAAGAGGCCUGGCGUGAGGCAGGCCAAAUCAAAGGCACCAAUGUCAAAUUAACGCCGACAGCGGUCAAAAUACUCUUAAAGCGCACAUCGCAUGUGCACGGCGAACUCAAGACGAAGAUGCGAACCCUGACUCAUUCGUUUUUUGGGUUCCGGUCAAGUGAUUCGAGGGAGGUGAUAAGGCAUAACCGAGAUCUGGCGGAAUCUCUGAAAGAGGGUUCGGCGUUUGUUUUCAAGGACUGGACAAUGAAGAAGGGGAUCUACAAAACCGAGUUGCUGCAAGAAGGCAUCAACAUCAUGUGGUUUGUGAACCGAAAAGACGAGGGCAUCAUCUACCAUGAGUAUUUCAACCCCAUGCCUAUCGAGGUUGUUGCGCUCGUGCUUACAGCCAUUGAAUAUUGUAUCGACGAGUGGUUGCAAGGCCUGAAGGAGGAUAUAAAAUUCACAUCGGCUGCUUACGGAUCUGUCUACAGAGGUCAUUUGGGAUCGUUGCAGCGCUUUCACGAGCGCACGGCUCCUUACAAACUACUCGAACGAAUUUGCGACAAUCUCCUUGACACGGCUCGCUUCCAUGCAGGUGUUGACGCACCCACUGCGUCGUCGGCCGCCUUCUGUAUCGAUGAUGAAGCAUUUGAAGAUGUGAUUCGCGAGCAUCAGCUUGAAGAAGAGCGUGGUGUGGAUGAUAACGAGAGUUGAGGAGUAGUAGGGCUAGCGAGAGCAGCAGCUGAGGGGAAUGACGAGGAGGAUCGAGCGAGAGCAGCAGUUGAGGGG